GAUAUAGCGAUCGAGAGAGAUCGUCGGAUCGUGGCAGUGUUUUACCGAUCACGAUAUAAUUAAAUCGUGUUAUAUUUCAAAGUGCGCGAGUUACGCCGAUCGUCGCAACAAUAAAAAGCACAAAAGAGUGCGUUGUGGGUUUUAUUUUUUUUUUCGGCAGCUGGAAAAUAACCCGGAAGCCCACGCGCGAUAAGAUUGUAUAUAUCGUAGAUGAGUUGCAACGAUGCCGAUUUCUCUUCCGAUCGUCGUCGUCGUCGUGUCGAUAAUUACUCCCAACUUUAUGGACGACAGCGACGAUUUAGACGACGUGCGAUGAUGCGCGAUUUUGUGAAUCGAUAAUAUAUAAUCGCAUCGCGCGAGAGCCGAGAUCGCCCAAAAGAUCGUCGACGUCGUUGUUGUUGUUGUUACAAUUGGCGUGGCAGUACAUAAGGCUUGAUAAUAUAAUAUUGUAAUCGUCGUAAUCGCGAGCGAUUUAAGCUCUUCUUCUGUACGCGCAUAAACAGUCGAGUUGAUACACGUAUAUAUAUCGGUGUAAUUAACUUAUCUAGCGGUUAUCGCUCUCUCUCUCUCGGUUCUCUCUCCCCCCGUUGAUAUAAUAUAUAGACGAAGAAGAAGAAGAGGAGAAAGAAGGAGGUGUAUCGUGCACACGCAGUGAUAGUAGGAUAGUAUAGUAGUUGGCGCGAAGAACGAGAGAGAAAGAGCUGCGGCUGCUCUCUGUGGGCGAAUUUUCGUCCGUGCCUCGUGGGGGCCUCGCAUAUAUAUAUUACAAAAUAAAUGUGCGCGUCGUAAACCGUUCCGUCCCGUUUCUCGAAUCGUCAUCGAGGAAAGUUUGCCCGCGCGUGCACGAGUAGUCGCGAUAAGGAAGAAACAAAAAGUUCAUAAAAGAGAGACAAAGAGAACGCAACGAGGGGUUAAACUCGUUCGAUAAUCAUGUACGAGCAGCAUCUGAAGCAGCAGGAGCAUCUCAAGGACUGCGCCGAUUAUCAGCUGCACAAUCCCUGGAAGCUGAAGCUGCGCAGGCUCGGCAAGCACGUGAGAAAAUUCAUGGCCCAUCUGGCGCCCGGCAGGCUGCGCAAGAAGCGCCAGGGCUACAGCAAGUUCUACACCGAGGACGAGGAGAGGCUCAGAUAUGCGGCGAGGCAGAUGCGGAGCAACAACGAUUAUUACAGCAGGGCCGAUCGCAUCGCAAGGAUCGAGUUCGCGUGCGCCUGCGGCGCUUGCUAAAUACCACGAAUAGCCGCACGCGCGUGUACAAUAAAUAUCGUUCUAUUUUAUAAUAAAAUAAUCACACGACACGAGCGCGCGAUCGAAUUUUUUGCUCGCAUCGAUCUCUCAUGGCGCAUCGUCAUCUCGUCUGUUUCCGGUUACCAUCAUCAUCAACGUCGUCGCCCCGAAAGAAGGAUGGCACGGGAACACUACGAUCUUACCGCCCGGCUUGCUCUCGCUUAUGCGCCUUGAUCGGCUGUUCGUCGAGCACGAGCUGCCCGCCGGCAUCGAAGCGCUGCGCCGACUGGACAACGAGCGCCGCUACCGGGUGACCACGGCCGAGGGCGAGCACAUCUACAGCGCCAUCGAGGAGUCCAGUGCCUGCGGACGCUGCUGCCUCGGCCGCCAUCGCGACUGGGACUUUCAUCUGGUCGAGCAGAGGCCGGCCACGGACAGGCGCGAGGUGCUCAGAAUCGCCAGGAGCCGGCGCUGCGAGUCCUGCUUCUUUCCGUGCUGUCUUCAGGAGAUGUCCGUAUACGACUCGGCGAGCGGCGAGCUGCUGGGCACCCUGGCCCAGAACUGGAACGCGCUGAGGCCGUCGUUCUCGGUGCGCGACGCCUACGGCGAGCCCGUGCUCGGCCUCAAGGGCCCGUUACAUCUGCGCUGCUGCGGGCCCAGAGAGUUGGACUUUAUUAUAAACUCGACCGGCAAGCAGCAGAGCAGCGUCGGCGUCAUCACCAAGAAGUGGUCGUCCGACCUGGCCCGGUCGUUCUUCAAAGACGGACAGUCGAUCGGCAUCGGCUUCCCCGUCGAUCUCGACGUCAAAAUCAAGGCUGUCCUCCUCGGCGCUUGCUUCUUGAUCGAUUUCAUGUACUUCGAGGACAACGACAAUGGCAGGCGUCGCAAUAAUCAUCGGAGCUGUAGCUGAUCAGGCCGAUAUCGCACACACUUGCCGCCGCUGCUGCUUCCUCGCGCAUUUACCUCGCACGGCACACGUGCUAAUAAUAUAUAUAAGUUUUAUAUAAACCGCGAGUUCGAGAUAACGCGAUGUUGUGUAUAAAUACGAUUUUUUCUUCCUUCUUUUUUUAAGUAAUAAUAAUAAUGAUGAUGAUGAUGAAAAAAUCGAUUCUGUGCUGUGCUGUGUGUCCCAUCGACGAACGGGUAUACACACACAUGACAUUUUUGUACGCAAACAAAAACGAGAUUCCGUUUUAUUAUAUAUCGAUCGCUGCCAUAAUGUUACGUCGCGUGUGUAUAAGUUGUAUAGUUCGAGACUUCGAAAUUUAAGUAUUAUUACCUUGUUACAUAUUGUUUAUAAUUGUUUUAACGUGUUACACAUUAAUAUUAUUAUAUAUUUACCAAAUUGUUCGUUUUUACAUGUGUAAAAAAAAGUAGGUGUUUGUUUGUUUAUACUAAAAAAUGUUUUUGUUACAUUAAAAGGAGACAACAAUGUGAAUUGUUGAAAAUGAAAAA